AUGCAGGGUUCUCGACCUGAUAGACAUCUGGCAAGAAAGUGGAGAGAUGAACAAUCGAAUAAUCAAGGGAUUACUGGUACCUCAAUACAUUUAUUCAAUCCAAAAUUCAAAGGUAGUUCUAUAGGAAUUGGGACAAUAAAUAAUGGAACAUUUAAUACUGAGUUGCCAAGGAAAAGUGCAUUGGAAAAGGAUGAAAAUUCUAAUUAUGGCAAGAACAGUAAUAUGGAAGAGACUUAUUUAUUUGGGGAAGUAAAUGAACAAAGCAUUCUUUCUACAAUUGAUGAAAAAUCUUUGAAUAACGAAAUGAUAGUAUUGGAUGUUUGUACUGGGAAUGAGGCAAUUGUAGAAGUGAUUUAG